AUGGGAAGAGACACCAUCUACAUUCUUGGACUGGGGAGUAUCGGGUCGUUUAUUGCACAAUCCCUUCGGUCGCUUGCCGACCCACCACUCGUGACACUUCUCGUUCACAGAGAAACCCUGUUCCAGGAACUUUCUGCAAAUGACUGGAAACUUGGUCUCCGAGUUGGAGAGGAUGGAGAAUUGAAGCAAAGCUCGGGAUUCGAUGCGGAGCUGCUGGGAAAGACAAUUUCAACAAGCCCAAUACGUCACCUGAUUGUCGCUGUCAAAGCAUCAGCGACGGUGAGCGCUCUUGAGCCACUGAAAGAUCGAAUCGGACGUGAUACUACUAUCUGUCUUUUUCAAAAUGGCCUUGGUCAAAUUGAUGAUCUAAAUCAACAGCUUUUCCCAGAUCCCUCCAUACGCCCCACAUAUAUGUGUGGCAUAAUCCGGCAUGGCGUGUACCUGAAAUCAGCAAGCGAAGCGAUAUUAUCGGGUCCGAAUGGUUGCGUUGAUGUCGGCUUUGUAGAAGAGGAGAAUGAGCGUCACCAUCGGUUCCUCGUCGACACUCUUGUUCAAUCGCCAAUGCUUCGCUGUGCUGAAUUGAAACAGGCUGAUCUUCUAAGAGUUCAAUUGUUCAAAUUAGCAACGAACUGUGUGCUCAACCCAUUAACAGCGCUCUUGGACAUCCGAAACGGCGAGCUUUUGACAAACCCUGCGCUCUGGCCAUUGCAGCGUCAAAUUUUGGAGGAGAUUUCGCAGGUUUUUAUGAAACUCCCAGAAAUAAAAAGCCUUGUUCAUGAUCGUUCACUGUUUUCAGUCACGUCGUUGGAGACUAUACUUCGCGACACUGUGGAGAAGACGGCGCGAAAUUCGAGCAGUAUGCGCGAGGAUGUUAAGAAAGGUAGAAGUACAGAAAUUGAUAACAUAAAUGGAUGGAUUAUCAAGCGGGGCAAGGGAUUAGGGAUUGAUUGUCCAGUCAAUACUUGUUUGACUCAACUUAUACUGGCAAAGACCUAA